AAGAAUCCUAUACCAUGUUAUGAUCUAAAACAGAUCUCCCACUCCUGAAUUCAGUUUGCAAUCUGUAUAUAUAUACACACACAUACAUAUAUGUAUACAAGAACUCAAAUUAUACUCAAGAAACAAGAACCAUGGGAGCUCAGAUUUCCUCACAACAAAGAUCAGAUGAUGGAAAAGUAAUUUCGGUUCAUUCUUUAGAUAACUGGAAUACACAAUUUCAAAGCUCUAGAACAUCCAACAAACUGAUGGUGAUUGAUUUCUCAGCAGCCUGGUGUGGCCCUUGCAAGUUUAUCGAACCUGCUGUUCAUGAUUUAGCAGUUGAGUUUUCAGACGUGGAGUUUAUCAAGAUCGAUGUCGAUGAGUUACCUGAUGUCGCUAAGGAUUUUGAAGUACAGGCGAUGCCUACGUUUGUAUUGGUGAAGAAAGGGAAAGAACGUGAAAGGAUUGUUGGGGUUAAGAAAGAUGAACUUCAGAGGAUGAUUGAGAAACACAGGUUUUGAAAUCGAUACAUGUGUUAAUGAUAUACAACAAAUCACGAUUGCGCUAUUUUAAUGUUUGAAUAAAGUUUUUAAGUGCUUUCAUUCUAUACAACAUAUAUUGUGUGACUAUUAAUAAAAGUAUUUGAGUGUUGAUUAAAA